AUUUCAAACACUCUCCCUUCUCUUCAACACCUGCUACCCUUUCCUCACCCUUUCCAACUGCCCAAACAGGCAAAAGGAAAACCUGCUGCCAUGGAUGGAAAAGGCAGCUCUCAACUUCCUCCCGGUUUUAGAUUCCACCCCACCGACGAGGAACUCAUCAUGUAUUACCUCAAAAACCAAGCCACUUCCAAGCCAUGCCCCGUAUCCAUUAUCCCCGAAGUGGAUAUCUACAAAUUCGAGCCUUGGGAAUUGCCUGAGAAGGCGGAAUUUGGAGAAAAUGAGUGGUAUUUCUUUAGCCCGCGUGACCGUAAGUAUCCCAAUGGGGCUAGACCCAACCGAGCUACAGUCUCCGGCUACUGGAAAGCCACAGGGACAGACAAGGCAAUCUACAGUGGGGCUAAGUAUGUGGGGGUGAAAAAGGCUCUUGUGUUCUACAAGGGUAGGCCUCCUAAGGGCAUUAAGACCGAUUGGAUUAUGCAUGAAUAUCGCCUUAGUGAUUCAAGGCCACGCCCCAAGAAGCACAAUGGUUCCAUGAGAUUGGAUGAUUGGGUGCUAUGUAGGAUCUAUAAGAAGAAGCAUGUGGGGAGAAUUUUGGAAGAGAAAGAAGAAAAUUUAGGUCCCCAAAUACCCGUUACAAAUUCAGAUGAUGGCGGUGAGCAGCACCUGAUGAAAUUUCCAAGGACUUUUUCCCUUGCUCAUUUAUUGGACAUGGAAUACUUGGGUCCAAUUUCACAACUUCUAGGUGACAAUUCAUACCAUUCAGCCUUUGAUUUCCAAGGCACCAUAAGCAAUAUUGCCGGAACCGACCCCCCUGGCGUGGACAAAUUCGAGUUAUUCCAACUGCCAUGCCAAUACAACGAUUCAACCAAGUUCCAAGUGAAUCAGAAUCACAUUCCGAACCAGCCUCUAUUUGUGAACCCAGUGUAUGAAUUUCAGUGAUUAGACUUAGUUUAAUCUUUAAAGGAGGGGAGGGUUGAUUGGGUUAGACAUGAUGGGCAUGGCCUGUCCAAAAAUUGUAAAAAAGGAAAAAUGAGUUAACCAUGAAAUAUACCUUCUAAAUUGAAUAUCAGCACAUCAAUAUCUCAA